AUGAAGCGACAAAAGAAGAGCUCUGCAGGCCUGCAAACAACUCAGCAUGAGAACCCAACCAACAGCGACGGACCCCUCUUCUUCUACAUGCCAGACACCACACACGGCGAGUUCUGCCAGUGGUUUCCCUCCACUUUUACCAUCAGCAAGACCCAGAUGUCCUCACUAAUCGGCCACGCCAUAGACGAUGGCGACGCCGAGGACAGCAUUACUUUCACUUGCGCUGAACAGUUCAUGAUGUACUGCAAAGCCGGCCGAUUCCACGACAAAGAGACUCAAAGACGAGUCCUCGCAACUACGUCCCCUAAGGAGCAGAAACACCUAGGCAAGUUGACGGCAGGAUUCACGGACGCGAGCUGGGACGAGGUUAAGAGUGCGGUGGUUCUGGCUGGUACCAUUGCCAAGUUCGGACAGAAUCCGAAAUUGAAGGGCAAGCUGCUGGCUACUGGUGAUCGGUUGCUGGCGGAGGCAGCAUCAAGGGAUAGGAUAUGGGGUAUUGGAUAUACCGCUAAGCAUGCUAUGUCAUAUAACGAAUCCCUGCGCUUCAAAGAACGAAUCCUGCCUUUCAACAUUACCGAGCUCAAGAAAGUUGCUGCUGCAGCUGUCAACAAAGAUGUGACGAGUGUUCAAAGCUUCCGAAAGCUUGCGGAAGGCGGUUUUAAUCGAACCUUCGAGCUCACUAUUGAUGGCCUUCAAGUCGUCGCUAAACUUCCAUACCCGUCAACUUAUCUGAAGCAUUAUUCUGUGGCUAGUGAGGUGGCUACCAUAACUCUUGUCAGGUCAUAUGGAGUAACAGUCCCAAAAAUUCUAGGCUAUUCUGUUACACAUAGCAAUGCGGUUGGCGCCGAAUAUAUAAUUAUGGAGAAGGCUAGUGGGAGGGAGAUUGGUGAUAUUUAUGGCACCGAAACUGUAGAUGUUACAGCAGGCGACGCUGCAGGUAAAGAUGCAUGUCCAAGUGCUAGACAGAAGUGUAUCGGCCCUAAUGUGGCACAGAAAUGGUGGUUUGAGCAGCGCUCCCGCCUGAAAGUUCAUUGUGGACCUUUCUUACAGGCAGACCAAGCAUUUACGGCAAGCCCGAUCAAGGAGUUGACAUGGCUUAAAGCGCACGCUUAUCCUCGUCUCCCUUAUGUUAUUCCACACAGGGAACUAUAUGGCUACCAAAUGGUGUCUCCUGCGGAAAUAUAUCCAAAUUGCUCCUCAUCUAGUGCCCAAGGACGAGGAGUAUCUAUUACGCCCAAUUCUAGGUCAUCCGAAUUUGCAGCCAUACAACAUUUUUGUUGA